AUGCAUAUGGAAAGGUUAGUGCGUAAGUCCGUCGAAGUUGUUGGCCAGCCUUCGUUCGCCGUCGGCGGGCGCCCUUGUAACUUACAAUAUCGUCUCCGUUUUCUCUCCCUUUUGAUGUUCGUUUCUCAUUCUCUUUGUUUAACGAAGUUUCCAUUUAUUCUUUCUUUUUUCUUUCUGUUUGUCUGUUUCUUAUCUUUCUUCUUUGAUUUUAUCCAUUGCUCAUUUUCUUUCUUUCUUUCUUUUUUCUUCCUUUCUUUCUUUAUUUCUUUCUUUCUUUACAUUUCAUCACUCUUUCUUAAGUUCGGUUCUUUGAUUCCAUCCAUUACUCAUUUUCUUUCUUCCUCGUCUUCCUCAUUAUAUUCUUUCUUUCUUUCUUUCUUUCUUUCUUUCUUUCUUUUUCUUCUUACACAUCGCACUUUCUUUCUUUCUUUCUUUAAAUCGUCGUUUGACUUCUUAUCUUUCUUACUUUUUUUCUUCAUCAUCAUCAUCAUUCUUCUUCUUCUUUUCUUCUUCUUCUUCUUCUUCAUCAUCAUCAUCAUUCUUCUUCUUCUUUUCUUCUUCUUCUUCUUCUUCUUUUCUUUUCUUCUUCUUCUUCUUCUUAUUUUCAUAAACCAUCGGUCGUCGUCGUCUUUUCUUUUUCUACUUUCUUUCACUCAUUGUUCUUUUUCUUCAUGGGUCUUUUUCUCUUCGUUUUUUUCUUUCCUCCUUCUCUGUUGUCCAUUUAAUUUCUCUUUCCCUCUUUUUCCCUGCCAUUUUCUCCCUGUUUCUAUUGUCAUAUUAAUUCAUAUACAUCUAUCCCUAUUCACUGUUUUUCUCCUUUUUCUCCCCACCACAAUAUCCUUCUUCCCAAGAACACCCCUUUCUCUUUCUCUCCUUUAUUCGGCAUGA